CUUGAUUUUAAGACAGUCCGCGUCUAACUAUCGCGUACUCCGAAACGAUAUGUGCUCCCGCCAUGGGCAGUAAUUGUUGUAAGGGUGACGCCGCGGGCAAACCUGUGGUGCGGUCAAACUCAUCUAUAUACACCAGGAAUCGUGCGGGAGCGACAUUAGAUGACCGCUUCAGGACUUCAGUGGAUGCCAGUGGAAUACGACUCACGGUCUCUUCAGCCCAAAUUGGCGAUAGUGGCGUAUAUACUCUACAAGCAAGCAAUGCUGCCGGAAAGGACACGACUCGGGUCUCAUUGGAGGUCUCCCUGGAUGAGACACCUACAGGGGACGACCCGCCCACUUUUCUUCGUCGACUUCAGGACCUCACUGUAAAAGUCGGGACCAGGACUAGGUUCCUUGUGGAAAUCUUAAGCUCCACUGAGUGCAGGGUUACAUGGUACCGUAACGAGCGUCGACUUCUGGAGGCGGAGAGGAUUGCUCUGGUACGCGACGGCAAUUUCUGGUGCGCAGAUGUUGCAACUGUCAGCGUAGAUGAUGCUGGAAGGUGGACCUGCACUGCUGAAAACCUAGGCGGAAGAGCCAGCUGCUCUGCACAUCUCAAUGUAUUAGUGCCCAAGGCGUACAAACGUCCGGAGUUUGUAGAAGAAUUACGCGCCAUACUCACAGAACAAGGAACAGUGUCGCUGGAGUGUAAGGUCGUGGGAGUGCCCACUCCUGUACUGAGGUGGUUUAAGGACAGUAGAGAAAUAAAAGCCGGUGAUGUUUUUGCACUAACAGCCAAUGCUGAUGACCCUACUUCCCUUGGUACUUACACCUGCGAGGCAAUCAAUUGUAUGGGGAGGGCCUAUUCUUCAUCGAAGGUACAUGUCAUCGGACGCUCCAAGGAAGGAUCAGAUAAGCCUAGCUUUGGCGGCCUGACACCCGAUCCUCCGCCAAUAUUCACUAAGGAACUUGAAGAUCAGUUUGUAAGAAUUUGUGAUCAUCUUUCACUGGGAUGUCAAAUUGUGGUGCCACCCUGGCCUCGUAGCGUUGUUUGGUACAAUAAGGAAGGAAAGGUUGAUUCUAGUACACAAUACCACAUAAUUGAGGAUGGCGUUGGAGGUUAUAUGAUAGAAGUUUCGGCUUCUGAGUGGGCUGACGAAGGAGAAUGGAAAUGCGUAGCAACCAGCGCUGGUGGCAGGAUUGGUAUUUCAACCUGCAAUGUCACAAUGGAUGUGCCUAAGAAUUAUAGAAAGCCACGCUUUAUGGAGAACCUACAGGCUAUCCUUACCGAAGAGGGUCUAGUAUCUUUCGAAUGUAAAGUUGUUGGCUUCCCUACACCAAUACUCAGCUGGUUUAAAGAUGGUCAAGAGCUGAAGCCUGGAGACGUUUAUCAACUCACGGGAACAAAUUCGCUUGGCUCAUAUUGCUGUAUCGCACGAAACUGCAUGGGCCAAGCUAGCAGUUCAGCAGAACUCACCGUUGAAGAUAUCCAGAACCAACUGAACGAAGAAGAAAAACUACAGUUGUUCUCUAAAAACCAAGCACCUAAGUUUUUGCAAGGACUAAAGAGUGUCGAAGUAAAAAUUGAUGAGCCAUUCCGCUUUACAAUCAAAGUUGUCAUUCCGCCUGAACCUACAGUAUUAUGGUAUCGAGAUGAUCAACCUAUGGAUGAGUCUCCUCGAUGUCACCUCGGAAAGGAAGACCGAGGUGUAUUUUAUUUAGAUAUAAAAAAUUUAGAACUUAUGGACCAAACUGAGUGGAAAUGUGUAGCAAUGAAUGACUAUGGUCAUAGUGUUACGUCGUGUUUCUUAAAGUUAAUUAUUCCGCGACAUUACAAGAAACCGAGAUUUUUGGAAAACCUUCAAGCCAUUCUUUCAGAUGAAGGUGCUGUUAAUCUUGAAUGUAAAGUGAUUGGGGUACCACAACCUGUAUUGAAAUGGUAUAAAGAUGGCGAAGAAUUAAAACCAGGUGAUAUUCAUAGAAUAAUAUCAGGUCAAGAUGGAACGUGUUGCCUUGGAACUUAUACAUGUGAGGCUCAAAAUUGCAUGGGCAUAGCUGCAAGUUCAGCUUCUCUCCUAGGCUUUGAAGAUACAGUAAAAGCUAAAAAGAAGAGAGCUGAUGAUCAAAUUCUACAGCGCAAUUUGUCAUUAAGUACUAUACAUGAAGAGAGAACUUCACAAAUGUAUGACACACCUGUGGCUGACGUAACUUUAGAUGAAAAAGGAGAAAUAUCAUUUUCUUUUGAUGGAAAAGAAGUUUCAGUAUCACUUUAUGAAACACCUGAUUUAACAGAAGAAGAAGCACUGCAAAUAGUAGAAAUGUACGCUGAUCAGUUAUCGGAAAAUGUCACAGAACAUAAUGUUAUAGAACUGCCUCCCUUAAGAUUUGUUAAAGAAACAUCUACAUCUGGAAAUCUUCUCAUGGAAGCUAUUAUUAUAGAUGUUUCACCAGACUAUUUUGUGCCGCCUGAAGAAGAUUUAAGGACUGAGGCCGAUAUUGAAGAUAUUUCAAUAGCUGAAGAAAAUGGACAGCAGCAAUUAUCUUUUGAUCAAGAAGUUGCAGAAGAAUAUAUCGAUAAAACAAUGGCUUUACUGACGGAUGAAAAAUCUGACAUAGUUUUAAAACCAGUUAGACGAAAAUCUGAUUCGCAGAAAAGUGGCGAAGAUUACUUUAGCUUAUCAAGAGAUCAGUCUCUCUCUGAAGAAAAAAAAGACGAUGACACUCAAAUUUUAUCUGAAAGUAUUACUUUUGCCAGCGCUCAUAGCACUGGGAAGCAAAAGUCAAAACCGUCUCAAGAAGAUGAUGUAGGUACUCAGGAAUCGUCAGAUAUUACCAAAACGGUCUUCUUAAGAGAAGAGCUACCAACUAGUUUAGAUAUAGAAAAUAAAACUAGUAAACUAUUAAAUAGCGCUAAACGUGAUUCUUUAAAAUCAAUAACUAGUUUUAAACAAGAGGAAGUUGACAUUACUAACUUAAAUGAGAAUAUGAUUUUUAUUAGCUUAUCUUUAUCUAAAAUUCUGAAUAAGGUUCAAAUGUUGGAAAGAGACAUUAUUUUACAGUCUCAGUUGAUGCCUACUGCUGCAAUAGCUGCAAAAAGCCUAGAAAUUAUUAACAGUAUUAUAAGUCCUUUAACUGAAAUACAUAAUAUUACUGACGCUUUUAAAGAAUCAAUGAAUGAAACAUCCGAUUCUAAAUCUAUACUACUUACUCAGCUUCCACAGUGCUUGAAAGAUCUUCAAAACGCUUUGGCAAUGGUUGAAAAAUGUGUUGAUGUGGGAAGUGAUAAAACUCUUAUUAAUAACACUUGCAUUUCUAUAAUAAAUAAUUGUGAAGAAGAUUUAACUAAAUUUGUAGAAAAAAUUAGGGAACUUCCAGUAAAGUAUUCAUAUCUGAUUGAUGAAACCGUUUCAACAGACAUAAAACUGUUGGCAAACGAUAUUCUUAAUAUAAUUGACAUUUCCAAAUCUACGGUCACUAAUAAAUCUAAAAUUAGUCAAGAAACUCAAAAACAUGAAUUAUCAAUUGAUAAGCAACAUUUGAACAAUACCCAAAAAGCAAUAUAUCACUUAAAGGUUCCGCUUAAUUCCCUUUGGGACAUUAUUGAAAAUGCUUUGAAAAAAAGUCUGUUAAGCUACAAUGAAACUAAUAAUGCUGAGGCAAUUCUAUUUAAUAUGUCCUCAUCUAUACAAGACUUACAGACAGCGUUGGAGCAGAUAGAAUUUCUAUCGGUUGAGGAAUCAAAUUCGUCCUUGCCGAAAUAUAAUACCACAACAAUUGAAACCGUUAUAAGUUCGGUUUUAAAAUUAAGAAACUCAUUUGAAAGCCUUUCUUUUGAAAAAGAAAAUAAAUAUGAUAAGGAACAAUUAGGAAGUGUGUUACAGGUUAUAAAAGUUGACUUGGAGGAUAUUUCUUUUCGUAUUAACGAUAUAGAAAAGACUAUUGGUUCAUUUGAUGUUUUAUAUGGAGACAAUAAAUUAGAAAUCCUACAAAAAAUGGCACACGUAUUAAUAGCUUUAGAAAAUUCUUUGCCAGUAUUAAGCUCAGUGCCAAAUGUCCAAGAAACUGUAUCAAUAUUUCAUAAAAAUCUAACUAAAGCAUUAGAAAAUGCUAUAGAAAGUAAUGACAGGGCUAAAUACUCAGCACUUUUGCAUAUAUGUGACGUAGUAAGUAGAAUUAAUGUCUCAAUCCAAGGUUUUGAAUCGAGUAAGUUUAUAUCUUUAACAAGCAUACUAAACAACUUUAACAUUAUUGAGGAAAAUCUUAAAAGUCUUAGCAUUGAUCAAGGUAUACGUGAUGAUAUAUUAAAAAAUGUUUACCAAUGCUAUGUUGAUAUUCAAAAUGUUAUAACAACUUAUGAAGAGGAUAUGAGUAUUAAAAUGGAUUCAGAACCAGUUAAAGAAAUAGCAACGGAUCAAUUUUACACUGAAUCAAAAGUUCACUUAGUAGUUCAACAGAUUGAUCAGUUAAUAUCUGCAAUUAACAAUAUUUCCGCAGAAGAGGUGACUCCAAGCAUCUGUUGUAUUUUACCAAUUUUACAAAAUACUUGUCCAGUUUUAGAAGAACUUAAAUGUAGUAUAGCAUCUCUUGAAGAAAACAUACAAGAAAAUUCUCAUGUCUCUGACGCUAUAUCACAAAGUUUAUUAGCAGAAUCUAUUGGAGCCCCGUUGCAAUCAAUUCAAGAAAAUAUUACAGUUCUAAAUCAAGUACUUCUCGAAACAGUAGGACAGAUGAAAUCUAAAGACGACGCGAUAGGUGUAUUUGCAAAACCUCUUUAUGAAUUGUAUACGACUUUACAAACAUUACAAGAAAAUGUUCUUUCGGAAUAUGAAAGUUUCUCACUUCAUGAAAGUAGUGCCAAAAUUGCAACCUCAACAGGAGUUCUUCGAAAUUGCAUUUUGAUAGUAGAAGAACAAUGUUAUAUUGAAGGAUUAGAUGAAAUGUCUACUUUACAAGACAUCUCGUGUUUAAAAACAACAGCAGAUCCUAUUUCUGAAAGCAAUUUAAUAUUACCUGUCAUUCAAGAAACACAUUUGGAAGCUCCUAUUUUUAAUACUUUAAAAAGUCGACCAGAAAUUGCCCAUGAAUUUCAAUUACUACAUGAAGAUAUACUAGAGAUACAAAAAUUAGAUAUUCUUGAGGCGUUAAACACUUUGUCUGAAGUUAAAGAAUACGCUAAUAUAAAAUCAGUUACGGAGACAAUAGAAGAGAUACAGCAUAAAAUUGUUAGCAUCCUAUCCCCUUUAGUUAUGGAAUCAUUAAGUUCUGUCUCUAAUCUAGAUUUGGCUAGCAACAAUUUAACAAACAUUUCCGAAUCUUUAUUUAAAUUAAAAAACCAUUUAACUGUUAUUGAUGUUGAUAACAUUCCAAUUUACGAAGACGUUUUAAAGAUACCAUCUAAUAAAAUACAUUCUAUAGUUAAAAAUAUAUCUAAUUUAAAAGAGCAUUUAGACAAAUGUCUGUUGUCAGUACAACGCCAUACAAACUUAUUAGAUUCAGAGGAAAUUAAAGAUUUAUAUUAUGUGUGUAAUGAUUUUGUGUCUUGCUCAAAAACAACUGUACAUACAUGGCCAUCGCAAAAUAAAAAUAUGUAUAAUUUAGUAAGCGCUGUAGAGAACUUUUUACAAGUUAUCAAAACCACUCCAGAUUUGAAUGCUGAAGAAGUCAAAAGCGUUUUCAAUGACCUUUAUAAAAGUAUAAUAAACAUGGAAGAUACUUUAUUUGAGUAUGUAAGUUCUACGGAAAUUGCAGUUACAAAAGAAAAUCCGCUGGAGACAAUAAUUCAUAAACUGGCAAGUAAUAUAGCAGUUUUGGAGCACUACAAUGCUGACCUAUCUAGUGCAUCAAACACGGACUUUCCUCAGUCCGCGUCACUGACAUCUAUAGAAACUGAGUACCUUAAUAAUAUGGAAAAUGUGAUUGUAAAUAAUGUCAUAAUUAUGCAGAAUUUAACAAACCCAAGCCAAAAAACUGAGUCUCAGAAGAAAGAUACAAUUUUGAUUCAAAAUUUCAUGGAAAAGUUUAAAAGCAGUUUUUCUAUAAUACGUGUGCUAUUAACGCAACGACCAAGUCAUAAAAGGGUAAUACGACUUUUUCAAGAAUAUUUUACUCUCCAAAUAAAUAUUUAUAAAUUUAAAAAAGUAAAGUCAACACACACACAUCCAGAGGAUUUUAUGUAUUUACAUGACUUUUUGAAUCAAGCUGAAGGUAGCUUAGAAAAAAUUAAACUAUCCUUAAUAAAACUUUGUAGUUCCAUUUCCAAAACAUUAUUCAGAGAGCCAUUAACUAAAAUUAAUGAUUCCAUUGCUAACUUUCCAAAUUAUUUGCGAUUGGACAGUGUAAUGGAUUUACAUGAUUUGAUUCAGAACUUUCUUAUAAGUGUUAAUAUAGCAGCACCACAUUUAGAAAGUCUGGAACAAAAUGUUGUUCAAGAACUCGAGACAUGCAUAUUCAUAAAUUCCGAUGCAGAAAAUAAAUUGAUAACAGACAGUUUAGACAAUUUGUUGUCGCUUCUUGAACGCGAAAUGUGUGAUAAUCCAGAUAAUGAAAAAGAAAAACUUUUAAAAGAUUUGGUAAAAUGUUUUAGAGACCAUCAAGAUUAUAAAAAUGCAAUAGGUACAGGAAAAAGAAUGAUUAUCCUCAAGUGCUUAGCUGAUUGUUCAGACAUACUACGAAAUCAUUUCCGAACAUUUGAUACAGAAAUAAAACUACUUGAGUCAACAAACGGUGAUCAAUUACAAGAGUUACUCAACAAAUUUAUACAUCAACUUAAAUCUAUACAUUUUCAAAUAAAUGAAAUAAAAGAAAAUGUAUUCGUAGAGCCUGAUUUAAUGAUAAAAAAUAUUAUAUCUUUAAAACAAUUUUGUGAAAAACAUUUGAGUUAUUUCAGUCAAUCUUCAUUAUGUGAAGAUGACUUUAGUAUCAUUAAUGACAUUAUUAAUGAAAUCCACUUAAUUCAAGAUAAUAUAAAUAGAUUACAAAACGACCUUAAAAUCUUCGAAGAUUUAAAAGACAUCGACGAUUUCUUCAAGAAAAUGUUAUCUUCUGAUAAAGUAAUCAAAGAUCAAAAAUUAUCGAAGGCUGUAACAAAAAGCAUUUUACAACAUGUUGAACAGUAUAUAGAAAUUACUGAAAUUAUAGAGGAAAUAUCAGCGAUAAUUAAUCUAGGCAACGUCAAGAAAACAAAAGAAAUUGCACAAGAAUUACGCGAAAGCCUUACAGCUGAUAAUGCACAGUCUAUGGAUGCAUCCGAAGAACUGAAAUACUGCCCUGUUUCGGAAAAUCAAGAAAACUUGGCUCAACGUCUACAAAUAUCAUUGUCAAAUAUUCGGGAAAGUGAACUACUAUCUUGCGACACACAUGUAAGAAAACACAUACUCGAUGUCGUUACUAAGUUACAAGACGACUUAAAUACUAUCACUAGCACAGAAAAAUUAGCUAGAAGUGCAAACAUGAACAAUAUAUCGCAAGAUCCAGGGAUUGAAACAUAUGAGAAAUCCAGUCACAAUAUAGAUUUACUCUCAAUUAGUAAUGAUCAAGAAUGCACUGCUCAAGACCUGUCUAUCAAAAAGCAUCAUGAGAAAACAAACGCUGUUCCAGUCAUUCAUCAAAUUGAAGAUACUAUAGCGUGUAUCAGUGGUAUUAUUGUAGAAGAAAUUUCAAGUAACAUUAAAAAUAUUUACCCAGUCAUGGAAAAUAUUUGUCCCAUAUUAGAAGAGCUUAAGCUUAAUGUUGCAAUGUUGCAGGAAAACAUAGAAAGAACUGAAUCACCUAUAUCUGAUAUUUCAGAUAGUCCAGUUCAGAAAGCCUUUACUAAACCUUUGCGUGAUUUAGAAGAAAACAUUAUUGUUUUGAAUCAUUUAAUACUCGAGUCCUUAAAAGGUACUACAGAAAACGAAAAUCUACAAACGUUAGGAGUUCUUGCAAAACCACUUCAUGAAUUACAUAUUACAUAUCAAAUUUUGCAAGAAAAUGUCAUAUCACAGUACGAGAGUUUAUCAUUUUUACAACCAAACAUUAACUUUGCAGCAACAGAGCAAAUCCUACAUAGCUGUGUUUUGUUAGUACAAGAACCACAUGAAGUAGAAUUUGCUGAUGAAAUGUCUACUUUAGAAGAUAUAUCUUGUAUUAAAACUACUGCUGAUUCCAUAUCUUCGGAUGUACUAGCUGUUGCUCAAGAUAUGCAAGUUACACCAGAAGAAUAUUACACAAGCCAUAAGCAAAAAGAAACUGAAUUAGACGAAUUAGCCACUCAACAAGUACAAACACAAACUAUAAUGAAAGAAAAUAUUUCCGUUUCCAUUGAACAACCACUUAAACUGGAACACGAAAUUUCGCAAGAAACAAUAGUCUUUAUUGAUGAAGAAAAUAAAACAAAAGAAAAAACAAUGACAGAACAAGAUGCUUUAAAAAAAAUUCAAGUAUCAACAGAAGAAUCAAUAAGAAAGGGUGAGGAACUUGAACAAAUUGAUGUGCGAGAAAUACAAGUUGACCUGGAAAAAUGCAUCGAAACUAGUAAAUCCAAUAUUUCCUCAACAGAUGAUGAUCAAUUCAAAUCUGAACAGACUAUUGUACAAAACACAAUUGAUGAAAAUAUUAAAAAAACGGAGACAAAUUUGACAGAAAUAAUUGAAGUAUGUGUUGAAUCUAAAAACGAUAGUGAUCUGAAAGUCCAAGUUCCGACGCAAGAGUGCCUUGAGACAACGGAGGAAAAUAUAUCUGUACUGAUUGAUGAAACUUUCGUACUUGAACAAGCUGCUGCACAAGACACACAAAUUACGUUGGAAAAAUGCAUCGAAACUAGUAAAACCAAUAUUACUUCAUCACAUGAUGAUCAAUUACAAUCUGAACAGACUAUUGAACAAGACACAAUAGAUGCAAAUAUUAAAAAAAUGGAGACAAGUUUGACAGAAAUAACUGAAGAAUGUGUUGAACUUAAAAACGCGAGUGAUCUGAAAGUUCUAGUUCCAACGGAAGAGUGCCUUGAAACAACGCAGGAAAACAUAUCUGUACUGAUUGAUCCAUCUUUAGUACUUGAACAUGCUGGUGCACAAGACACGAAAAUUACGUUGGAAAAAUGCAUCAAAACUAGUAAAACCAAUAUUAUUUCAUCACAUGAUGAUCAACUCAAAUUUCAACAGACUAUUGAACAAGACACAAUUGAUGCUAAUAUUAAAAAAAUGGAGACAAAUUUGACAGAAAUAAUUGAGGAAUGUGUUGAACCUAAAAACGAUAGUGAUCCGAAAGUCCAAGUUCCAACGCAAGAGAGCCUUGAGACAACGCAGGAAAAUAUAUCUAUACUGAUUGAUCCAUCUUUAGUACUUGAACAAGCUGCUGCACAAGAAACACAAAAUACGUUGGAAAAAUGCAUCGAAACUAGUAAAACGAAUAUAACUUCAUCACAUGAUGAUCAAUUACAUUCUGAACAGACUUUUGAACAAGACACAAUUGAUGCAAAUAUUAAAAAAACGGAGACAAAUUAUACAGAAACAAUUGAAGAAUAUGUUGAAUCUAAAAACGAUAGUGAUCUGAAAGUCCAAGUUCCAACGCAAGAAAGCCUUGAGACAACGGAGGAAAAUAUAUCUGUACUGAUUGAUCAAACUUUCGUACUUGAACAAGCUGCUGCACAAGAAACUCAAAUUACGUUGGAAAAAUGCAUCGAUACUAGUAAAACCAAUAUUACUUCAUCACAUGAUGAUCAACUCAAAUCUGAACAGACUAUUGAACAAUACACAAUUGAUGCAAAUAUUAAAAAAACGGAGACAAAUUUGACAGAAACAAUUGAAGAAUGUGUUGAACCUAAAAACGAUAGUGAUCUGAAAGUCCAAGUUCCAACGCAAGAAAGCCUUGAGACAACGGAGGAAAAUAUAUCUGUACUGAUUGAUCAAACUUUCGUACUUGAACAAGCUGCUGCACAAGAAACUCAAAUUACUGUGGAAAAAUGCAUCGAAACUAGUAAAACCAAUAUUACUUCAUCACAUGAUGAUCAAUUACAAUCUGAACAGACUAUUGAACAAGACACAAUUCAUGCUGAUAUUAAAAAAACGGAGACAAAUUUGUCAGAAAUAACUGAAGAAUGUGUUGAACCUAAAAACGAUAGUGAUCUGAAAGUCCAAGUUCCAACGCAAGAGUGCCUUGAGACAACGGAGGAAAACAUAUCUGUACUGAUUGAUCAACCUUUCAUACUUGAACAAGCUGCUGCACAAGAAACUCAAAUUACGUUGGGAAAAUGCAUCGAAACUAAUAUAACCAAUAUUACUUCAUCACAUGAUGAUCAAUUACAUUCUGAACAGACUAUUGAACAAGACACAAUUGAUGCUAAUAUAAAAAAAACGGAGACAGAAAUAUUUGAAGAAUCUGUUAAACCUAAAAACGAUAGUGAUCUGAAAGUCCAAGUUCCAGCGCAAGAGUGCCUUGAGACAACGGAGGAAAAUAUAUCUGUACUGAUUGAUCAACCUUUCAUACUUGAACAAGCUGCUGCACAAGAAACACAAAAUACGUUGAAAAAAUGCAUCGAAACUAGUAAAACGAAUAUAACUUCAUCACAUGAUGUUGAAUCUGAACAGACUAUUGAAAAAGACACAAUUGAUGAAAAUAUUAAAAAAACGAAGACAAAUUUGACAGAAAUAAUUGAAGAAUGUGUUGAACCUAAAAACGAUAGUGAUCUGAAAGUCCAAGUUCCGACGCAUGAGUGCCUUGAGACAACGGAGGAAAAUAUAUCUGUACUGAUUGAUGAAACUUUCGUACUUGAACAAGUUGCUGCACAAGACACACAAAUUACGUUGGAAAAAUGCAUCGAAACUAGUAAAACCAAUAUUACUUCAUCACAUGAUGAUCAACUCAAAUUUGAACAGACUAUUGAACAAGACACAAUUGAUGCUAAUAUUAAAAAAAUGGAGACAAAUUUGACAGAAAUAAUUGAGGAAUGUGUUGAACCUAAAAACGAUAGUGAUCCGAAAGUCCAAGUUCCAACGCAAGAGAGCCUUGAGACAACGGAGAAAAAUAUAUCUGUACUGAUUGAUCAACCUUUCAUACUUGAACAAGCUGCUGCACAAGAAACACAAAAUACGUUGGAAAAAUGCAUCGAAACUAGUAAAACGAAUAUAACUUCAUCACAUGAUGAUCAAUUACAUUCUGAACAGACUAUUGAACAAGACACAAUUGAUGCAAAUAUUAAAAAAACGGAGACAAAUUAUACAGAAACAAUUGAAGAAUAUGUUGAAUCUAAAAACGAUAGUGAUCUGAAAGUCCAAGUUCCAACGCAAGAAAGCCUUGAGACAACGGAGGAAAAUAUAUCUGUACUGAUUGAUCAAACUUUCGUACUUGAACAAGCUGCUGCACAAGAAACUCAAGUUACGUUGGAAAAAUGCAUCGAAACUAGUAAAACCAAUAUUACUUCGUCACAUGAUGGUCAACUUAAAUCUGAACAGACUAUUGCACAAGACACAAUUGAUGCAAAUAUUAAAAAAACGGAGACAAAUUUGACAGAAACAAUUGAAGAAUGUGUUGAACCUAAAAACGAUAGUGAUCUGAAAGUCCAAGUUCCAACGCAAGAAAGCCUUGAGACAACGGAGGAAAAUAUAUCUGUACUGAUUGAUCAAACUUUCGUACUUGAACAAGCUGCUGCACAAGAAACUCAAAUUACUGUGGAAAAAUGCAUCGAAACUAGUAAAACCAAUAUUACUUCAUCACAUGAUGAUCAACUCAAAUCUGAACAGACUAUUGCACAAGACACAAUUGAUGCAAAUAUUAAAAAAACGGAGACAAAUUUGACAGAAACAAUUGAAGAAUGUGUUGAACCUAAAAACGAUAGUGAUCUGAAAGUCCAAGUUCCAACGCAAGAAAGCCUUGAGACAACGGAGGAAAAUAUAUCUGUACUGAUUGAUCAAACUUUCGUACUUGAACAAGCUGCUGCACAAGAAACUCAAAUUACUGUGGAAAAAUGCAUCGAAACUAGUAAAACCAAUAUUACUUCAUCACAUGAUGAUCAACUCAAAUCUGGACCGACUAUUGAACAAGACACAAUUGAUGCAAAUAUUAAAAAAACGGAGACAAAUUUGACAGAAACAAUUGACGAAUAUGUUGAACCUAAAAACGAUAGUGAUCUGAAAGUCCAAGUUCCAACGCAAGAGUACCUUGAAACAACGGAGGAAAAUAUAUAUACAAAUUACAAUUUAAAACAUAGUAAUAUUAUGCAAACAAUGGAUUCUUUGUUAAAGGAGUUACAUGAAAUUCUAAUAUCUGGCAGUGCUACUAAUGUCGAAAAGACAGAUUCCUUACAAAAUAUGUUGGAAGAGUUUCAAGUCCAAAUAAUAAAACUGAAAAGCAUGAACAUAAAAUAUGCCGGCGACACUCUCAAUGAAACAAUAGACGAUUUAGAAUGCAGCGUGAGAAGUGUUCAACUUCUGAUUAACGAAAGUAGUCCUACCGAUCAUGUUAUAGAAGCAAGUUCAUCGAUUGAAUUAUUAGUUAAUACUAUAAGGGAAGAAAUAAGCAAAAUGCAUUUACAGGAUACCACGCUUGGAAAGCAUGAUAUAUUGGAAGAGUGCAUAAGUGAUACCGAAACAACUUUAUUAUUGUUAGAUAAGGUUUCAGAGACAACUACAAAUCGUGAUGAUAUUUUAAAAAUAAUUAAUGAUCUUAACACCGUUAAAGAUUCAAUUAAAACUAUAAAACUAAGUUUUUCUAUAGAUGAAGAAACUGUAAUAGAAAGGGGAAUUGAAAUUCUGCAAAGCUUAGAUAUUAUUGAACAACAGCUAUUUACUAUUGAAGACCGUAUAGAGAAGAUGCCUUCAGUGGACGCACUUACUCGUGACACCAUUAUAACUGCAGUACAUUCUGUUUACACUAACAUUUCUAAUAUCAGAGGGACAAUUUCAAACAUUAAAAAGUCUUAUAUUUAUCAAAAUUAUGGGAAACCAUCUGAAAACUUACUAAAGGCAAUUAAAAAUAUUAAUCACAUUAAAAGUAUUGAUAACAAUCAUAAUUGGAUAUCAGUUACCAAACAUUGUCGAAAUAUAUUAAAUCAUUUUGAAGAAAUCAAAUUUUAUAUUAAUCUUGAUAAAACUGCCCGGCAACCAAGUGAUGCGUCACUCACAAAAGUAGUAUUAAAUGAAUUAAAAUUGCUUUUAUCUAAUGUUGUGCUAACUAAUAUGAAAGAGUUUCAGUCACUUUUACGAAAUAGUGUUGAUACGGUUAUAGAAUACAUUGAAGAAUGUAUACACAACAUAGAUAGCGUCCCCGUUUUAGAAGUACGAGAAAAGAUUCCAAUUUUUAAAGAGUUGACAAGAAGGUUAAUAUACUCUACAAAUGAAAUACUCGAAAAGUAUGCACAUGUGAAUACUCUAAGUGUUGACACGAAUGCAAAUGAACCUGAAUUCAAUGGGAUUUCUACUUCAGAAUCACAAUAUGCAUCCGAUAAAACGAUAAUUUUAGAAUCUCAUAAACCUGACUGUAUGGAGGUAACCGUGGUACAGCCAGUAAGCGCGCUAAACAAUUUUGUUUCUCAUAUAAUAACUGAAUCUUCUUUCUCUAAAGACGAUAUUCCUCCUAAUACAGAAAUUCAAACUGGUAAAUAUAAUAACAUAGAAAAACAAUUAAUUAAAGAUGGUGUUCAACCAAUAAUUGAACAUUUGAUAGAAGAAGCCAUUGAUAAAGUAACAUUAUUAAGAAUAGAAAAUGGCAAUACUCAAGAAUUUGGAAAUGAAGAAGAUAUUAAAAAAUACCCUAGAAGUCAAAAUACUGAAUUAAAAUGCCUAGAUGAAACUAAAGUAAGUAAAAAUAAACAGGAAAUAACAUCUUCGCAUAUUUUAAAUGUAUCUUUAGGUAUAAACGAAGAUUUAAAGAAAGAUAAAGAUAAUCAAAGUAACCAACAACAUGAAGCUUCAAAAGAAACCUUUGAUGGAAAUUGUAAAAACAUACAAGAAAAUUCAUUAAUUUUAAAAAGAAGUGGAAACGAAGAAUUGAAGUCAUCACAUUCCGAUAGUCAAAUACAGGACAGUUUAAUAGAAACCCGUACAACAAAAAAACUGGAUAGUGAAGCAAAAAGCCUUACAGAAAAAGAAUUAUGUACUGUGCAUUGCUAUGAUAAAAAUGGCGAAUUAAUUAGUCCAACCAUCAAUAGUACAAAUAAUAUGAAGGAAAAGGAAAAAAACACAAUACUUGACAAGGUAUCAUUCGACAAACAUAAGAUGAACGAUCUUGAAAAAAGUUGUACCGAGAUUGGAAAAAACGAUUCAAGUUUGCUAGGUGUACUACAUGGAAAACUCGAAGUCGUUGAAAACAUUAACUCAGAAAUGGAAUGUAAGGAGAAUCAAAUCAACACUGAAACAACUAGAAAUUCAGCUGAAAUAUCUACACAGGAAUUAGGAAUAUCUAAUAUUGGAAUUGAGAAAGUUCUCAAUGUGGAUAUUACAACUGAAGAAAACAACGAAAUCGUAGAUAACCAAUCUUUACAAGAUAAGGAUAUUUUACAUCCUCAACUAAACAAAGAUUGUAUUCCAAAUGAACUUGAAUGUAACUCUAAGGCUUUAAAUGAAGUAUCAAAAUCACUAGUCAAUCAAACUAACUUUGACUUUGAUGAGAAUCUAGUUAUUGAAGAAGGAAAGCGGAGAAUUCGAAAAAACGAAACUCUUAAUGAAGUUAAUAAUAGAAAUGAACUACAAAAUGAUAUAAAAACGCGACCACUUAAGUUAAAUCUUCAAGGGCAGCAACUUUUGACGAUGGAAAACUUAAAUUACUCUAAAGGUGAAAUUAUGAUAAGUAAUGUCGAAUUAGAAAUUUUACAAGCUACUGCAAGUGAGCAAAAUAUAACAGACAUACAAAAAGAUUUCAAAAAUAUAACAUUGUCAACUAAUUUGGUGGAUAGAAAUGAUGUACUUGUUAUUCAAGACCAGAAUACAUCGAAGGAACAUGUACAAUCUAUUGAAAGAGAUAAGCAAGAAAGUUUUUUGGAAAUGAAUACAAUAUCACAGAAUGAUAAACAGAACCUGCUAAGUCUUGAAGAAAUGACUAUCUGUCCAAGUAUUCAAGAAUCCUACGAGAAAGAAAUUAUUUCUGAUACAAAUGAAUUGAAAGAAAAUGUAUCAAGUUUAGUACCAGAACAAAACCAACAGAACAAAGCCUCUAGCAAACAUGAUAAAGAUGACCAGCACACUACCUAUAAUGAACUAAGAGAUGCCAACACUGCAGUAACUGCAAGUACAAACUUAUCUCCUAAAUCUGAUACGAAUACAGAGAACAAUAGAGAAGAAAUCUUUACGGUAUCAUCUGAUACACAAGAGUGUGACUUAGAUAGAGAAAUCAAAAAUAAUAUCAUUAAAGAAGAAUCAAUUUGCCAAGUUUCACAAUCACGAGAAACAGUUGAAUCAACUUCACUAGGAAUAAAUACUCUUAGUGAUACACGAGACGAAAUUAGUUCGGUAAAAAAUAAAAAAAGGACGCAAUCUAAAUUAAAAACGAAUGGAUUGUCAAAAAAACUUACUACUAAAGAAGAUGAUAGUGAAAAAGACAUUGGCAAGAGUAAUGACAUAGAAGUGUAUGAACGGGCUAAAAUUAUUGAUGAUGUUGCUCGCCAAAAAAAACAAGAUGAUACUGAUAACCAAUAUGAGGUGGCGGUAUCAAAAACUCUGUCAUCUUUGAACGCGGAAAUACUGGACAACAAAAAUUUUGAAACUGUAAUGAAUCCAACACAAAGCAUUGAUACUAAGUAUCAAACAACUACGUCAAAAGAUGUAAAAACCACACCAUAUACAGUAAAGGAAAAACCCCAAUUUAUUGAUCCAAACUUUGUAGACACUAGUAUGGGAUUCUUGCGGCCACCUACAUACAUUUCAAAACCGUUUGAGGCAGAAAAUUUCUUUACACCAGAAUUAAAUACUUAUACAUCUACAUCGAACGUAUUGUACAAGGCAUCAAGCCUUAUCGGGGAUCACCAAAGUAAGUCAAUGUAUACAGGAGACCGCGAAAAACAAUUAGAAACACAACUAAGCACUAAGGCUACUAGUGAAUCGAGAAGUAUUUAUUCUGAAAAGAGAGCGAGUUCUAUACGCGAUCUCAAAAGAAAACCAGUUUUUACUACUCAUUUAACAAACAGGACUGCAGUAGAAGGUUCUAGGGUAAAACUCACUUGCAGCGUUUUAUCUUCAACAGAACCUGUGCUUAAAUGGUAUAAAAACGGUGUGUUGUUGGAAGACAAACAUAAAUACAAAAUCAAAUUUACUGACGGCUUAAUAACAAUGGAAUUAUUAAACGCAUUGCCAAGCGAUUCUGGUGAUUACAGUUGUACUGUAGACAAUGAACACGGUUCUAUAACAACUUCGGCCAAAUUAAAAGUUUAUCCCAGCUUUGAAUCUUCACCAAUACCUCCAACCUUUACGAGGUCAAUACGAGAUGUUUAUCACAGAGCUGAAAAUGAACUUAUCUUGGAAUGCCGAAUACGAGGGCAGCCCUUACCCAUAAUUUCUUGGUUUAAGGACAAUAAGCCUAUCGCUUCUUACGACCGCUAUGAAGCCUCUUAUUUAGCUGAUGGGCUCUGCAGGCUCACUAUAAGUUCACCAAGUAUAGAGGAUAGUGGGACCUAUACAUGCAAAGCCGAAAGUGCGGUAUGGUCAGAUCAGAUCACACAUGUAGUAAAUUUUGCAGAUGCUACUCGCAUUGAUUCACAUAUCUCAAGUGUUGAAAGAUUACGUCUUAGCCACGACACUCGGCGGCCACACUUCACUAAUGUUUUAAGUGACUACAAAGUAAUUAAGGGUGGCACCAUAGGGUUACAAGUGGAAAUCGGUGGAGCACCGACAAGAGUAGAGUGGUUACGGGAAGGGUCUUCUGUGACAGAAUUAGACAAGAAUGCGCAGACAUUCGUAGAUCAUGGUAUAUAUACCCUGGCUUUGAAUGAUGUGUCGGAAAGGCAUUCCGGAUUAUACACAUGCAGAGCGUGGAGCACGCAUGGAAAUGUGGACAUGAAUGCUGAGAUAAGUGUGGUUCAACCGAACGAGAUUGAUGGUAAACCAGCAGUAAUUGUAAGUCGACCCACGAAGGAUGUUCUCAUAUCUGUUGGGGAAGACAUAAACAUAUCUUUUAGAGUUCAAGGGGAACCAAGGCCAAAAGUCUUUUUCCUGAAAGGAAUCCGAGAUAUAACUAACAGCCAGCGUGUUUGCAAGAUGACAUCAGAUGAUUACGUAAAAUUCACAAUGAAAAGAUCUGUAAUAUCAGAUGCAGGUACCUACUGUAUCCUGGCAAGAAAUGUCUACGGAUGUGAUAGAGCUUUUGUAACUGUUGUGGUACGACAACGUGCGUCAUCAGAUAAUCUCAUAUCUGACUGGACAUAUCCCGCGGAAGACCCGACCAUCAUUGCCACAGAAAGAAAAUAUAAAUCCGUGCCCGGACGUAUACCGGGCGAGCCAAGUGCAGUGGAUGGUGCAAACAACUGGGUGGCCCUUGUCUGGCCAAAGUCAGACCCUCAAGAAGCAGCUCCAGUCCUUGCGUACCGAGUAGACUCCUGGCUACUUGGAAAAGAGGGUGGUGCACGCUGGAUAGAAAUGGGAAUAACACCUCGAAAUACCUUUGAUGCAUUUAACUUAAAACAAGGAGAAGAGUACCACUUUAGGGUAACACCAAGAAAUAGAUAUGGAUGGGGAGAAUCAGUACAAACAUCGACUCCUAUCGCAGUUGGCAUCGCCGGCGACAGGCCGGAGUUCAUUGACAUUCUACCUGGUCUAUUAAAAGUCCUAGUUGGUGAAACAGCAAAUUUAAGUUGUAGCUUCAAAGGCAAGCCGACCCCAGUGAUUGCAUGGAUGAAGAAUGGUAGCGAAAUAGAGGAGUCAGACAAAGUCAGGAGUAGACAGAACGGAAACGUGUGUUCGUUAACGAUAAAAAAUGUGGAAAUAGAAGACGAGGGUCGGUACAGCUGUGAAGCGACGAACGCUCAUGGACGGGCAUCAACUUACGCGAGAAUGACUGUGAUCACUGAUAGACAAAUAUGGGAGGCUGACGCAAAAUUGAAGAGAGAAAGGUCUGCAGAUGCAACAGGUGAAUAUCCACCUCAAUUCACAAUGCGGCUGAGGGAUCGCCGUGUUCAAGCCACGUAUCCUGUAAGACUGACAUUCCAAGUUAUAGGGAGCCCAACUCCGAACGUGACUUGGUUUAAGGAUGGUCAAGAAGUCACUUUUGACAGUCGGAAAACUUCAUACAAGGACGAACACUUUCACACACUAGAGAUAGCUCCGACCACGCUUGAUGAUGGAGGAUUAUACGAAGCUUUGGCAAGAAACAAUAGUGGUGCAGUCAGCUGUAGAUGUAGCCUCGUAGUAGAUAAAGGCAUCAGAGCCUAUGUUGCACCAGAAUUCUGCUGUGGCCUUGAACCCUUGUAUCGUUUAAAUGAAGGUGACGAGUUACGCAUAUCCGCAAUAGUUGAAGCAUACCCUUCAGUAGGAGUUACUUGGUACAGAGAUGGAGUUCGCCUCAGACCAAGUAGACGAGCCAUUAUGACUCUUGACAGGGACGGUCAAAUCGAAUUGGCUCUGGCCUCUGUGACGCCAAGGGACGCCGGUGUCUACACAUGCACGGCCUCAAAUGAGGUCGGCCAGGCUUCCACUGCAGGGAAGGUGGAAAUUGUAACGGAUCAAAGAGAAGAAAGGAGAAAUGUACCGACCGUAAUUUGUCCGGAUAUUCCGUAUUCAAAGGAGCCAAUGUUUAUCAUAAAACCAAGGUCCACCGAGGCUCAAGAAGGUGAUACAGUUAUUAUUGAAUGCGAAGUGAUUGGAGAUCCCACGCCCGAAGUAUAUUGGCUCAGGGACUUUUUGAAGCCCGACUAUUACCGAGACGCGAAACACUUCAAGCAAAUGGCAGCAGGUCCUCUGUACCGCUUUGAGAUUCCACACGCCAAAUUGGACUUCACCGGGGCUUAUUCAGUUGUAGCUCGGAAUGUACACGGAGAGGCAAAGGCCAUUAUAUCCUUACAGAUAUUUGCUAAAGAUCUGAGUUCGAGUGAUGAAACACACAGCAUUAGAUAUGGACGCGUAGAAGUUAUCCCGCGGUUUGAGAAGGAACUGACUGAUCUUCUCUGUUAUGACAGCGAUGCAAUCGAGUUUGAGUGCCUUAUUAGCGGACAUCCGGAGCCGGAUAUCCGGUGGUUUCAUUACAACCAGCUUCUACCUGAUUGUCCUGAUUUCGAAUCGACAUAUGACCUGGGCACAGCGCGUCUGAAGAUAAAGCAAGUUGCCGCUGAGGAUGAAGGCACCUACACCUGCGAAGCCUCCAACAACCUCGGAAAGGCUACAUCUACUGCUUGCUUAGUAGUUUAUCCACCCGGGGAACCAAAUACUAUAAGCCAGCGAUUACAACGCCCACCCGCGCUGGCUUCAGCUGCUUCAACGCCACGGUCUACUCCGCGCGUCACCCCAGCGCGUUCCGUCUCACGAACACCAGCGCGUUCAGGCCCCGAAAGUCGUCGCCUUCGCAGUCCAACCCGCGAGGUUGGUCCCAAGUUCUACACUUAUCCAUUCAACAAGGUGGUAGAGGAAGGGGAUGGUGUGGUUUUACAGUGUGCGGUUGGAGGAUUCCCCACGCCGUGGGCUACCUGGGACAAGGAUGGCAUUAUUAUCACUCCUACGUCUCGAAUCAGCGUAAAAGAGAAAGACGAAAUGUUACGGAUUCUGCAAAUCGAUGAAGUAAACGUCGAAGAUGUCGGUCUUUACCGGAUCACGUUGGAGAAUGACUUUGGACGGGCAGAGGCAUCGGCAAGACUGGAAGUAAUCUCGCAUAAGGGAAAAUUUCAUUCAAGAUCUAGCAGUGUUUCUCCAGCCCGACUGUACAGACGGAGGACGCCGUCUUUUACAAGACAAGACUGACGCGGACGGAGUAGGAAGCGAAGAAUGGCGUAAAAUUAGACGCAUUUGAGUUGUUUUACAGUAAAAUUAGAUUAUUAUACCUUGUUUUUUUAUCAUAUUGUUUUCAUAAAUCGAGUAUAAUUAAUUCCAAUAUUAGUUAAAAUGAGUUGUUUUAUGUAUAUAAUCACUAUAAAUAUAUAUGUAUCACUCCCCGGUGUUUGUGAAAUAAACGAUA